AUGGCGGAGGGCCAAGGGUCAGACGGAGAGGUGGAGGUGAAUGGUCAAGAGGAGUAUGAUGGGGAAGCAACCAGAACUUCGCAGCAGUCCCCGCAAUCACUCACAGAGGACAAGGAGGAGCUGAAUUUAAAGAAAGACUGGCAAGAGAUAAAAGUUGCAGACGUGCCGCAAGAGCAACCUGAUGAGACUCUCGACUCCCCACAAGCUUCACCUGAUUUCCGGGAAGGCUUUUCGACCCCAGAUGACUCUGCGGCGAACCGAACAGACACUCCCACUUCAUCAGGGCCCCCUCCGCUUCCUGAAAAAGACCAUCCUCCUCAUAAGCAGCCUCCGCGCGAAAGCAUCGGAGCUCUUCCCUCUUUGCCAGUCACCAACGGUACUUCACUACAUACGAGACAAGAAUCAGAUGCAAACUAUGCCCAAUCUCCAAGCACACCCAAGCUUCCGGUCCAACCCAUCAGUUCCAUUGUUUUCGUCGUCACUGCACUAGAAAAAAUAGCAGACUCCCGAGAAGCGAAAAGAAGGAAGCCUUUGGGAGAGUCUGUCCAGCGGGCACUGGCUGCAGUCAAAGACAAGAACUCCUCACCUGAUCCCGAAAUUAUCUUUGAACCGCUUCACCUCGCUACAGACAACACCAGCGUACCCCUCACAACAACGGCUCUCGACUGCAUAGGCAAAUUGAUUAGUUACUCCUACUUCUCUGUUCCCCAACCCUCUCUAGAUCCGAAUACACCACCAAGUCAGCAACCUCAGUCUCUCCUUGAUCGGGCGAUUGACACGAUCUGCGACUGUUUUCAAGAUGAAGCUACACCAGCAGAAACACAAUUACAGAUUCUCGGAUCGUUGUUGGCUGCCGUCCUCAAUGAUAAGGUCAUCGUCCAUGGCCAGGGCUUGCUGAAGGCCGUCCGCCAGGUGUAUAAUAUCUUCCUCAUCUCAAAGUCAAGUACAAAUCAGCAAAUCGCGCAAGGUGCUCUCACACAGAUGGUCGGAACGGUCUUUGAGCGUGUGGGGCAACGGCUGUCCAUGAAAGAAGCGCGAAUGAACCUGGCGCCAAUUGAUUCAGAGAAGGGGACGGCGAAUACAAGCCAGUACGAGCUCAACAGCAGCAACCCUACUCUUGGGUCUCUAGAUGGCGAAAGUGGGGAGCAAGAUGGAUCAUCGGAGGGCGUCUCCAUCCGAACUGUGGAUCAACCGGCCCCAAAGUCAGAUGAAGGAGAAAAGCUGACUCUGCAAAAUAUUGAGACGGCGAAGAGUUUUGACGAUCGUCGCAUCGCAGAUAACGCGCCGACAAUGAUCACGCCAAUGAAAAAUGCACAGAAGAAACCGCCAACGGAUGCCGGAAUGUCUACCAAUGGUAUUGACGGGAGUAUAGAAAGCACGGUCGAAGAUGAAGAAGAUGAGAUUUUUGUCAAAGAUGCAUUCCUCGUGUUUAGGUCGAUGUGCAAAAUCAGCCAGAAAGAAUUGCCCACGGAACAGCAACAAUACGUUGCCUCCUUUAACAUGCGACAAAAGUUGGUCUCACUUGCCAUCAUUCGGACACUCUUGAAUAACCAUAUGGUUGUGUUUACGUCUCCGAACUGUACCAUUCGUGGAGGUGCAAACGAGAACCCGACAAGCUUCGGUCAAGCAAUCAAUCAGCACUUAAGGUUGAGCAUCUCUAGAAACGCUGCCAGUUCCGUCAAACAGGUCUUCGAAAUUGUGGCCGAAACCUUCUGGUUGACGCUCAAGGAUAUGCGAGUAAUGCUGAAGCGAGAAAUCGAAUUAUUCCUCAAGGAAAUCUAUUUAGCAAUUCUCGAACGUAAGAAUGCACCAAGUUUUCAAAAGCUGUACGUCAUGAAAUUGCUGAAGAGGCUCUCUACGGAUCCUCGGGCUCUGGUCGAGAUCUACUUGAACUAUGAUUGCGAGUCGACAGCUCUUGAUAAUAUGUUUCAAAGAAUUAUCGAGCAUCUCUCCAAGAUUUCCAGUACACCUGCGCUUGUCACUGCCCAGGUGUAUCACCAAUACAUCGAUCAUUACUCAAAGGAGAUAGAUGUUGAUAUUGACUGGCGUGACCGAGGUAAAAUACCCCCGUCAUUGACAAUCGCUCACCUGAGUGCUACGUCUCCACCUGAAUGGGAUUUGCCUACGGACUUUCUUCUCAAGCAGCAAGCGCUUGAUUGCUUGGUUCGAACAUUGCGGGCUCUGGUUAAUUGGUCUCAGGACAACCUAGAUGCAGCUGUGUUGAAACCUGACAGUGUAUACUUGAGACAAUCAAUGGAACAAGUCAAACUGUCAAUAGAUCGAUCACAGGGCCCAGGCUCGCCCAGAAUUUCUUCUGCUGGAGGGGACACACCACUUCCUCCCUCCACGCCAAGGCUCGAAGAUGAUCCCAGCCAGUUUGAGAAGCAAAAGCUUCGCAAAACAGCCCUGCUCAAUGGUAUUAGACAAUUCAAUUUUAAGCCUAAACGAGGUGUGAAGACGUUGUUGAGCGACGGCUUCAUCCAGAGCGACUCACCCGAGGAUAUUGCAUCUUUCAUUUCGCAGACUGAAAUGCUUGACAAAGCAAUGAUAGGUGAAUACUUGGGUGAGGGUGAGCCGGAGAAUGUUGCUAUCAUGCACGCUUUUGUGGAUGCCAUGGAAUUCGCCCGACGCAGAUUUGUUGAUGCGCUUCGAAUUUUCCUCCAAAGUUUUCGGCUUCCUGGAGAGGCGCAAAAAAUCGAUCGAUUCAUGCUCAAGUUCGCCGAACGAUAUAUGGCCGGCAACCCCAAUGCUUUUGCUAAUGCGGACACUGCUUACGUCCUGGCGUACUCGGUCAUCAUGCUAAACACCGAUCAACACAGCACAAAGCUAAAGGGCAAGCGAAUGACGGUAGAAGAUUUCAUCAAAAAUAAUCGAGGCAUCAACGACAACGCUGACCUACCGGAUGAUUACCUCGUUGGCAUCUAUAAUGAGAUUGGAGAGAAUGAGAUCGUGCUGAACUCAGAGCGUGAGACCGCAGCAGCACUGGGUAUGAUGCCGCAACCAACAGGCGGUAUCGCUUCAAGAGUUGGCCAGGCUCUUUUGACCGCUGGUCGGGACCUACAACGGGAAGCGUACGCCCAUGCCUCAGAGGAGAUGUCAAAGAAGGCAGAGCAACGGCUCAACACACUGAUCAAGUCACAGCGUAAGGCAAUGCGGCAAGGACAGCCAAGAUUUGUCCCUGCGACAUCGUUCAAGCAUGUCGGACCUAUGUUCGAUGUCACCUGGAUGUCAUUCUUUUCGGGACUCUCAGGCCAAAUGCAGUCAGCUCAAAACAUUGAAGUCAUCAAACUCUGUAUGGAGGGUAUGAGGCUCGCUAUUCGUGUAUCCUGCUUAUUUGACUUGGAUACUCCACGGACCGCUUUCGUCACCGCACUCUCUAGCUUCACAAAUCUUGACAAUCUCAGCGAAAUGAUGACCAAGAACUUUGAGGCUUUGAAAAUUUUGUUGGAAGUUGCGCUGACCGAGGGUGAUUUACUGAAGAGCUCUUGGCGGCCAAUCUUGACUUGUGUCAGCCAGCUCGAUCGUUUUCAAUUGAUUUCUGGAGGUGUGGAUGAAGGGACUGUACCGGAUGUCAACAGGUUACGCAUUGAAAGGACACCAUCAAACCAGUCGAGAAAGUCUGUCGCAAGCUCACGAUCAAGACCAGCCCCAAGUUCUACCCCCUCCCAAUACGAUCAAAGCUUGGCGAAAGAGAGUCGCUCUUCGGACAUGGUGAAAAUCAUCGAUCGUAUCUUCACGAGCACGGCUGAGCUUUCGGGCGAAGCUAUAGUGUACUUCGUUCGAGCUCUGAGUGAGGUUAGCUGGCAAGAGAUACAAUCUUCAGGUCAAAGCGAAGCACCUCGAAUGUACAGUCUUCAGAAACUGGUGGAGAUCAGCUACUACAAUAUGACUAGGGUUCGUUUUGAGUGGAGCAACAUAUGGCAAGUGCUUGGCGAGCAUUUCAACGCUGUAGGUUGUCAUUCUAAUACACACGUGGUCUUCUUUGCCCUUGAUUCCCUACGCCAACUUUCGAUGCGAUUUAUGGAACUCGAAGAGUUGCCCGGUUUCAAAUUCCAGAAGGACUUCCUGAAGCCAUUUGAGCAUGUCAUGGCCAACAGCUCUACUGUGACUGUAAAGGAUAUGGUACUCCGAUGCUUGAUUCAGAUGAUACAAGCUCGUGGCGCGAACAUUCGAUCGGGUUGGAAGACUAUGUUUGGUGUUUUUACUGUGGCUGCUCGAGAGCCCUACGAGGCCGUCGUGAAUCUUGCCUACGACCAUGUCAAUCAAGUUUACAAUACUCGUUUUGGCGUUGUCAUCACACAGGGCGCAUUUGCCGAUCUGGUUGUCUGCCUCACAGAGUUCUCAAAGAACUUGAGAUUCCAGAAGAAGUCGUUAGCUGCCAUUGAAACACUCAGAUCCACUGUGCCGCGUAUGCUUAGAACGCCUGAAUGCCCUCUGUCUCAUCGGGCUGGUUCUGUACCCAAUGGUGUAGACCCCGAAAAUUCAGGGGUACCGAAAGCUAUCAGCAGACAAACGCAGGAGGAACAAUUCUGGUUCCCUGUGCUUUUCGCUUUCCAUGACAUUCUUAUGACUGGUGAUGAUCUAGAGGUUCGAUCUCAGGCGUCAACCUACCUCUUCGACAUUCUGAAGGAGUAUGGAGAAUUUUGGGACAUCCUGUGGCGACAACUUCUUUACCCCAUCUUUAUGGUACUCAAGUCAAAAUCUGAAAUGACGAAAGUCCUGAACCACGAAGACAUGUCAGUAUGGCUUUCGACAACGAUGAUACAAGCUUUGCGGAACAUGAUUACUCUCUUCACCCACUACUUUGAUGCUCUUGAGUAUAUGCUUGACCGAUUCCUAGACCUCUUAGCUCUCUGCAUCUGUCAAGAAAAUGAUACCAUCGCUCGAAUUGGCAGCAAUUGUUUGCAACAGCUCAUCCUUCAGAAUGUGCCACGUUUCACACCUCAUCACUGGCACAAGAUUGUUGGAAGCUUCGUUGAACUCUUCGAGAGGACCACAGCUCAUAGACUUUUCCAAGCGGCUACAUCUUCCUCUGAUAAUUCUCAGAUCGGUGGUGAAGAUGAGCUCGCUCGCAAGGGAUCUCAAGCCGAACCGGCAAACUUCAAGGACCUUGCUAUGGCUACCCCUUCAGAUGAGACGGCACCUCUCGAAGAAACGCCAACGCCAAGGACAAGUACAAUUGAUGGGGCACUGUUCACGAAUCAUAAUCGAUCAGAAUCUACCCACACCCAGAGCUCACCUGUACAAACACCAAAUCUGGAAGACUACGGACGGCAGGUCAACCUGCAGCAGCAGCCUGUCGUAGUCACAGCCGCACGCCGCAAAUACUUCAAUAAAAUCAUCACACAAUGUGUGCUACAACUACUAAUGAUCGAGACCGUCAACGAACUCUUCUCAAACGACUCAGUCUAUGCCAAAAUCCCAAGUAACGAACUCCUCCGGCUAAUGGCGCUCCUCAAGGGCAGCUACCACUUCGCUAAAAAGUUUAACAACAAUAGAGAACUGCGCAUGCGGUUGUGGAGAGAAGGCUUCAUGAAGCAGCCUCCCAAUCUUCUCAAGCAAGAAAGCGGUAGCGCGGCGUGCUAUAUCUCGAUUCUGUUCCGCAUGUAUCAUGACGAGGGCGAGGAGCGACGACGGAGUCGGGCGGAGACAGAAGCUGCACUGAUCCCCCUAUGCGCCGACAUCGUCCGCUCCUUCACCAUUCUCGACGAGUCGCAACCGCGCAACAUCGACGCGUGGCGGCCUGUUGUGGUCGACGUACUGGAAGGCUACACCAAUUUUUCUAGAGACGACUUCGAGAAGCAUAUCGACACGUUCUAUCCAUUGGCGGUUGAUGUAUUAAACAAAGAGAACGGCAUAGAAGUGCGGAUGGCACUGCAAGCGUUAUUGAGACGAAUCGGGGAGUGCAGGUUCGGCAUGGCGCCUGCUGAGCCGAGUCAGACUCCUACGAGCCCGAGGAGCGUCAGUAGUAGUUAUUUCAUGACGAGACGGAAUAGUGUUGUGGGUUACAUAGAGGCUCUUGAACCAGAGCCAGUCCGGUGA